AUGGGGUCAACACUUGCUUUGGAGCCUUUUCUGCCUGAACUUUUCUUAUCUACGACCAUAACAGCCAAGCGACCCCCUUCCCCCGACCAACCCGAUGUAGGAGGCGGGCACCCCCUUUUCUUUCUGCACCUCCUCCUCCCCGGCACCCAGGGUCUGGAUCCUCCUGGGCGGACCAGACGUGCCCUCCAGCUGCCCUGUCCCGCACCCCCACCCGCCGGGCCCUGCCUCCCCGCUGCCUGCUUCUCGGCCGCGGGUUGUCCACCCUUUCAGCCGCCCCCGCCGGGCGCAGGGGGCUCCGGAGGCCCAGUCCUGCCGGGGCCGCGCCCCCGGGGCACCGGGAGCGCUCCCGGGCGGUGCCGGGCCUGCCGGGCUUUCGCGGGUCACGCUCAGGGUGCGCCUUUCAUGGGCGCUGUACGAGGCCCCGGAGGCGUUGUGUGGCUCGUUGCAAAAGUAAGGAUAUUUUCUGAAGUAAGAGACAUGAAGAAACAAACUCCUGAUCUCAGGGUGAUGACUCAAAGAAAUAAAUCUGUGGAAGAAGAUGGUGCUGACAAAAAUCAGAGAAGUUGCUCUGAAAAAGUUAACAGAGAGAAUGCCACUUGUAGUCAUAAAAGUAAAGUUGUAAAACUGCCAGUAAUAGCAUCAUUUGCAGGUACCACUAAAAAAAUUGUAAUGGUCAAGCACUCAGCACCACCUCAGAAGCCAAGUUAUUGCAGGUCUAAUUUUCAUGUUAAUAGCUCCCCUAUCCCAUUAGAAAAGACAAAAGCUGUUAGUAAAGUAAAGGAUAGAGUGCGUAUGCUACAGAUGGAUCCCCAGAAUUUAAAAAGAGAUAAAACUGAAGAAAUAGAUACUGUGAUUAAAGAUAGCGAUGAAUUUAGCUCUACAGAUUCUGAUACAAUUAAAAACAUUUCAAGAAAGGGAAAAAUAAGCAGGGAAAGCUGUAAGAAGAGAAGCAGAGUGAUUUCGAAAGCAAAGCAACAAGAUUUAGGUGUUGAAUCGGGAAGAGUGCUGAGAAAAGGAAGCAAGCAGCCAAGUGUGAGGUCUGCUCGAGAACAGUUGGAAGAGGCAAGAGAUGUGACUAGACCAGACACUUCAAAAAUAUACGAGAAGAACUUCCAGCAGAGCAAACCUGAAGAGCCUACUUCCACACCAGCAUUGCCUGUGAAAGUGGUUGCAAGGUCUAUUGAUGAAAUAAUUGCUUCCCUGCAGUCUACUUCUCCAUCUCCCUCAGACCAGACGAUCAAAGAACUCCUGGAGAGUGUUCUUGGCCAGAACUACAACAUAAAAAUGGAAGCACCAAUUGAACAUGAGGAAAUAAAAACUGAAUCUCAAGUCCUGCCAAGUUUUCACGAAGCAAGCCUGAAGUCACCAAUAAUUCAGAAAGAAUCUCAAGCAAAGCAAAAUGAAUCUCAGCCUAAAGAUGAGCUGUUAACAUAUAAUAAGCAGGUGAAGCAGGCUCCAUCCUUGGAUGUGCUACAGGUGGAAGGAAAAGCAAUAUCAAAAAUUAAACCCGAUGAAGUUCAGAAAGAGCUACAAGAGGAACACGACUUGCAACGAUCUUUGCCUCCUCAGGCUUCAAAUGUCGAGUCUGUGUCUCUGGGAAGACUUCCUGUUCAUGAUAAAAUCAGUAUCAAGGUGUCUCCAGCAAUCAAACAAUAUCAGAGCCCCAGCAUCCCUUGUUUGUUAGAUUUUGAAAAGUUUGCAAAAGCGAGGGGUGGAAUUCCAAAAGAAACUUCUGCUCGCAUGUGGGUCAGUGGAAUAUGGAACUGCUGGUUUGAUGAAAAUUUCCCUCCUAGUGGGACUGCUUCUGAGGAGAAGGAUACUGAAUUGCUAAAAGGAACUGAGACGGUGGACUCUCAGGAAGCAAAUCCACAAAUAGAACUAGUUGACUCAAUGCAGCCUGUCCUUCUUGAAGGUGCAACAGUUAGUAUUGAAGAUUUAGAAAAAGAAGUAAGAAGACUAACUGAACUAAUAGAAAAGGAAGAACAUCCUUCAGCUUUUCACUACUGCAGGCGCGGAGCAAUACAGAGAAAGUUAGGCAAGUUAAAGUCAGCUAUGGAUGACUUGGAAAAAGCUAUAAGCUUAGAACCACUACUUCUUAAUGCUUACUGGCACAGACAUUUGAUUUACCUCUUUCAAGACAGAAUUUCUGCUGCUUUGGAUGACCUGAAUUUUAUAACUAAAUGGAGCAAAAAUAAAGCAGAUACGUACCUGUCAAUGGCUGAAAUUUACAGGAAACAAGGUGAUAACACAUUGGCAAUCAUCAAUUAUAGCUCUGCAAUACAAUGCAGCCCUACGGAUGAUGACAUUUAUUGUAGGAGAGCUGAGUUGUAUUUUGAGGAAAAUCAGUUGUUACUGGCCAUGGAUGAUUACGCCAAAUGUUUUCAGUAUAACCCAAAAAGAACAGAUGCACUUAUGAAACAUGGAAUACAUUUCUUUGACCAUUCAGUUUUGACUAUAGCUAUUCAGGAUUUUACAGCUGUGAUCAAAGAAGACCCCAGCAAUGCUCAGGCAAGGCUGUAUCGAGGAAGAGCAUACGCUAAGCAGCAGCAGUAUAGAAAUGCAAUACAAGACUUAGCAGCAGCGGUUCAUCUAGACCCUUCUUGUUGGUUAGCAUUCUACUAUAGAGGUUGCGUACUACGACAGAUUGAUCCACAAAGAGCUGUGCAGGACUUCAGUGUUUCUGUACUCAUCAAUGACACUCAGGAAAAUUUCUGUUCUUUUCUUCAUCGUGGGAUUCUUUACUCAGAACAGUGUCAAUGGUCACUUGCAAUCUGUGACUUUGAAAGUGUCCUAGCUUUGGACAGCUCUGUCAUCUUUGCAUACCUCAAUAUUGGUUUGAUACUGCUGUUGCAUCUCGAUCAAUACUAUGAAGCUAUUCGACAGUUUACUAAUGCCAUUGAAAUUGAUCCUCUCAAUGUUCGAGCCUAUGUAUGCAGAGCACAAGCAUAUCAUAAGAUUCGUAAUUUACCAAAUGCUGUGAAGGAUAUAAACCGAGCCAUUCAUCUUUACCCAAAUAAAUCACAACUUUGCAUGCUAAGGGGACAGUAUUUAAUGGAGUUGAAGAAAUAUGAGCUGGCAAGUUUAUGUAUUCACCAACUUGCAGAAAUGAAUGAAGAAUCCUUUACGACUCAGCCUGUUCAGCAAGCACUCAUUCAAUCAUUUUGUCAAAAUCACAAUAAGGCCAUAGAGUGCUUACGUGAAGCUACUGCAACUCAACCUGAGCCUUCAAUGUUUGUUAUUUUAGGAAAAAUACAAAUGAAAGCCAAGAAAACUAAGGAUGCUCUGAGAAGUUUUAAAAAAGCUAUGAAGCUCCUGAUGACCUCAGCAAAAAUCCUGCCUAAUACAUUUGAGGCUGCAGAAAUGUAUUAUCGCACAGGCCUGUGUUACAUGGAGCAAAAAUGUUUAUUACGGGCCCGUGAUGCAUUUAGUAUGGCUAUCAGACUACAUUCAAGCUACCCUGAUGCUUUUUAUCAGCGAGGGCUGUGUAGAAUGCAGCUCGGGCAAGCUAAGUGCAUCCGAGAUUUCAAUCGAGCACUUGCCCUUUGUCCAUCACAUUUCCAGGCAUAUAUGAGUCUUGCUGCUUACUAUGGAAGUAAAGGUAGAUACUCUAAGGCAAUUCUGAAUUGCAAUGAGGCAAUCAAAAUUCUUCCUAACAGUGUGCGAGCUUAUUUUUACCGAGGAACCUUGAAGUAUCAAAAUAAGACAUUUAAAGCUGCAAUUGAAGAUCUUUCAAAAACUAUCGACCUCAACAAAACCUGCAUUUUGGCAUAUUAUAACAGAGCUGUCUGCUAUCAUCAAACAAAAGACUUUAGAAAGUCUUUGAAAGAUUAUGGAAUUCUUCUUCUGCUUGAAUUGAGUAAGGAAAUAGCUUUUAAAGUGCUAAUUAAUCGUGGACUACUCUACAUGGAACUUGGUGAUUAUGCUAAUGCAUGUGAGGACUUUAAAGAAGCAACGUUGCUUAGUCCAGACAAUAGCCAGAUCUUUCAAGCUCUGGGAAUCUGCUAUCAUAGACUUCAUGAGUUUGAAGAAGCUGUGAGAUCAUUUGACCAGGUUCUCAAACUAGAUCCUGUUUCUGUGGAUGCCUAUGUUGGACGAGGAAAUUUGUACAUGGAAAAUGGAUGUGAGGCUGGUUGUAAACAAGCACAGAAAGAUUUCUUGAGAGCAAUUCACCUGAAUCCAAAGUGUAUAAAAGCUAGAAUUUGCUUAGGAUACAAUUUGCAGGCCCUUGGAAAGCUUCAGAGAGCAUGGAACCAAUUUACAGUUGCCAUUUGCAUUGAUCCAAAAUGCUGUGCUGCAUAUGAUGGACGAGCUUCAGUCUGUCUUCAAAUGGGUGAAACUUUUGCUGCAUUUCAAGAUACAAAUGCCGCACUAAAGCUCACUACCACUGCUCCGCUGCUAACAAACCGCGGUGUCAUCAAUCAGUUAAUGGGAUAUCUACCCUGUGCCAUGAAGGACUAUCAGCAAGCAAUUUCUGUUGACCCAAACUAUGCAUUAGCCUAUUUCAAUGCAGCAAAUAUCUACUUCCAUAAUAGACAGUUUUCACAGGCCUAUUGCUAUUAUUCCAAGGUAUUACAACUUGACCCGAGAAAUGAAUCUGCUGUUAUGAAUCGUGCUAUUACAAAUACAUUACUAAACAAUAUUGAAGAAGCAAAAGAAGACUUUGAGAAGGCAAUUUGUCUCUGCCCGUUCUCUGCAGCAGUGUAUUUUAACAGGGCAAAUUUCUAUAAUGGAUUGAAGCAAUAUGAACUAGCUGAGAAAGACAUUUCAACAGCAUUGUCAAUUCAGCCUAAUGAUGCUUUGAUGUAUAAAUUUAGAGCUGAUAUUCGUGGUAAACUGGGUUUCAAUAAAGAGGCUGUAGAAGACUACAAACAAGCAAUCAGCAUUCAAGAACAGAUUGAUUCCAUGUGA